GCAGAAUUGGUAUUUUCACGAACCAGUCGGCGGCGGCACUUGCAGCGCUAAGGACGUGCGCAACAUAGCGAGCGGAAACUCGGGAGCUGUUUUAAGAAAAUAAGAGUGUUGCCAACUAACGGUGUUUUCGUAGUGUGUGCGUGUGGGCUUGUUGCUAGUGUAUGGGUGUUGUGCUGGCUUAAAGCCUGCGAAAAGCGCAAUGCAAAAUAGUGGCCAAAAAAAAGAGGCUACAAAGUGUGCAAAAAGUUUGUAAUGUAAACACAAGUGGGAGGCAAAAUUUGUGCAGUAUUGUGAUUUAAGAAAUUCAAUUUAAAUGCUAUUUAUAGCAUCAAAUUGUGCGACAACUUUAGUGACAUGUGAUUAAAAGCAUAUUUUUUGUUCUGAUGGAGUAUAAAUAGAAAUGGUUUCUGAAAAAAGGAGCUUCAUAUCAAAGCGAAAUGCGGAUUAAGCUUUUAUUAGUUCGUAAUCUUGUGGAUAAGUGUGAAUAAUAGUUGAAUACAAUUAAACGAAGUAGUAAAGUGAAACAAUAUAAUUAAAUGCAACCCUUUUAUGGAAUCAAAUAUCAAGCUGAAUUAUUAAACUAUUGUAAUCCAAAUUAUACAUUUAACCAUAUUUACUUAAAAUCCGUGUGCGUUUACACUUUAGAUAAUUUACUUCGACACAUAAACUUAUUUUUAACUGCAAGGUUGACAGUUUUGUGACCAAAUGGCCACAUGCAUCGUUGAACGCAACUCGUCCUUGACCACCGGCCAAAAAUAAAAGUGUGUUGCAUGUGGCUGGCAGUUCAAAGAACAUAUAAAGGAGAACUCCUUGGAAAAACCGCCACAAAAGAGGAUCAACUGAAAGCACAGCAUUUACGGAGAAAUUAAGAGUCAGCUUCCGGGGGAAAUCCGUGGAGCUCAAAAUGGUUUCUAUGGUGCCGCGUUAUUAAAUGUGGCAUAAGUGCAGCGGGAUCAUUACGGAAACCACCCUCUAUCCUGAUUACGGACAGCAAAAUGUCGGAGAUUGUCGACACCGAGCUGCUGGUCAACUGCACCAUCCUCGCCGUCCGGCGAUUCGAGCUGAAUAGCAUUGUGAACACCACGCUCCUGGGCAGUCUCAACAGAACCGAGGUGGUCAGCCUCUUGUCGAGCAUUAUCGACAAUCGGGAUAAUCUCGAGAGCAUCAACGAGGCCAAAGACUUUCUGACCGAGUGUCUGUUUCCAUCGCCGACAAGACCGUACGAGUUGCCAUGGGAGCAGAAAACGAUUUGGGCCAUCAUUUUCGGUCUGAUGAUGUUUGUGGCCAUUGCCGGCAAUGGUAUUGUUCUCUGGAUCGUUACAGGACAUCGCAGCAUGAGGACGGUCACAAAUUACUUCCUGCUGAACCUGAGCAUCGCCGACCUGCUGAUGUCGUCGCUGAACUGCGUCUUCAACUUUAUAUUCAUGCUGAACUCAGAUUGGCCAUUCGGUUCGAUUUAUUGCACCAUCAACAAUUUCGUGGCCAACGUCACGGUCUCCACGUCGGUCUUCACGCUCGUGGCCAUAAGUUUCGAUAGAUACAUCGCCAUUGUGCAUCCGCUGAAGCGCCGCACGUCGCGUCGGAAGGUGCGCAUCAUCCUGGUCCUGAUCUGGGCACUCAGCUGUGUGCUGUCGGCGCCAUGUCUGCUCUACUCCAGCAUCAUGACCAAGCACUAUUACAAUGGAAAAUCGAGGACAGUCUGCUUCAUGAUGUGGCCAGAUGGACGAUAUCCCACUUCUAUGGCGGAUUAUGCAUACAACCUGAUCAUCCUGGUCCUGACCUACGGCAUUCCCAUGAUUGUAAUGCUCAUCUGCUACUCCCUCAUGGGUCGCGUUCUGUGGGGCAGUAGAUCGAUCGGCGAGAACACGGAUCGCCAGAUGGAGUCGAUGAAGUCGAAGCGGAAGGUGGUGCGCAUGUUCAUCGCCAUCGUGUCCAUCUUCGCCAUUUGCUGGCUGCCGUAUCACCUGUUCUUCAUCUACGCCUACCACAACAACCAGGUGGCAUCCACGAAGUACGUGCAGCACAUGUAUCUCGGUUUCUACUGGCUGGCCAUGUCCAAUGCCAUGGUCAAUCCGCUCAUUUACUACUGGAUGAAUAAGAGGUUCCGGAUGUACUUCCAGCGGAUCAUCUGCUGCUGUUGCGUGGGCCUCACCCGCCAUCGAUUCGACUCGCCGAAGAGCCGGCUGACGAACAAGAACAGCUCGCACCGGCACACAAGAGCGGAGACCAAGAGUCAGUGGAAGCGCAGCACGAUGGAGACGCAGAUCCAGCAGGCGCCGGUCACCAGCUCUUGCCGGGAGCAGCGGAGUGCACAGCAGCAGCAGCCGCCCGGAAGUGGAACCAAUCGGGCAGCCGUCGAGUGCAUUAUGGAACGGCCGGCGGAUGGGUCCAGUUCGCCGCUGUGCCUUUCGAUCAACAACAGUAUCGGUGAGCGGCAGCGCGUGAAAAUCAAAUACAUCUCCUGUGACGAGGACAAUAAUCCCGUGGAGCUCAGUCCCAAGCAGCUGUGAUGUUAUCCCGAUUUGUCCUGCCACUGGAACGGAUUGUGAAUCCUCCUGGCCUUCGCCUCGUUUCGCUGCGGGGGAAAUGCAAUUUGCCACUGCUUGCUCUACUCUGUACAUAUACUCACAUUCACAAAGAGAUGAAACAUGUUUGCAUAGCAGGGUGGGUCGAUUUUAAGUGGGAACUUUAAGUACUGAAUAUUAACUAUUAAGUCGUUAGCCUCUGUGCUUAGUUAUGUAAAGUAGUUUCGUUCCCAAUGAAUUAUUAUUCCCCCUUCUGUCCGCUAUAUAAAUUUCUUAUUUCACUUAAAGUUCUAUUGCACUUCUGCAAAUCGAGCCACCCUAUUGCAAAGUCAAAGUCGAAUUUCCGGUUGUCAAAAGAAAAUGCUUCAGCGAGAAGGAAAAACUUACCAAUAAAUUGAAUUUGUAUGUAUUUGUAUAGAAGAAUCUAUCGACACUUUAACCAUCGAAGAGCUGUAAGUUUUAACUGUUGUAAACAUCUAGGCUAAGCCAAGUUUGUAAAUACAUUCUGUGUAUAACUGAUAAAUGCAUCUGCGUAUAUGUUGUGCUAUUUGAGUAAAAGAAUUACGCGAGUCAUGGAAUUUCUCA